AUGUACGUGGUGCCUCUGGAGUUUAAUCACAAAACGUUUGAUUUAUCGUGCAGGGGUACCAGCGGUAUCGACAUAGACCUCCGUCGGGUAGACAUAGAUCAGUGCCCGUUGCCGGCUGGAUCCACACAGCUGAACAUAUUCGCCGCCAGCGACAAGUGCAAAAAGCGCACCACUGAGUGCAUCGCCAUUCCCGGGCUUGGAUUCCGCCGCGGUAGUUAUCGAUGCGUUUGCAAACGAGGCUUCUACUACCCGGACACGAAAUCGGACAAGAGGUACUACAAUGGCACGGUCAUUGAGGAAGAGUACGAGAGAUUGAUGAUGGGUGAAAAGAGCCAAUACGCCGAGAGCGGAGUGUUCGAAUGCCUGCCGUGUGCCGAAGGGUGCGAGUCUUGCGAGGAUGGCUCACCCUGCGUUGUAUCCCUGAACUGGCUGAUGCGAACGGCGAUACUUAUCCUGGAGUGCUGCAUCAUCGCUUGCCUGCCAGCAGUCGCUCUUUUCACAUGGAAAUACGGGCAUGUGAAGGUGGUGCGAGCGGCCAGCCCGGUUUUGUUGCGCGUGAUUGUCCUGGGCGCCUUCUUCAUAUACUGCACGACUAUAGUUAUGUAUCCCAGGCCAAACAUCAUCACGUGCACCGUGCGCGUAUGGCUACGAGAAAUUGGCUUUUCUCUCACAUAUGGGGCACUUAUGCUCAAAACGUGGCGAAUAUCCGUGAUCUUCCGAGUGAAAUCGGCGAAGGCCGUAAAAAUAACAGACGCGAGCCUGCUGAAACGACUCGGUAUCAUCGUCCUGACGUUCAGCGUGUUCCUGAGCAUAAGGACAUUGGUCGCACCGCCCGUUGUGAUCGUUGCACGAACCGCCGACGAUCUCAAAGCGUAUCUCUGCCGAACUGACUGGUGGGACCACAGUUUUACCACUCUCGAGGUGAUGUUCCUUGUGUGGGGCAUCCGGUUGUGCAUCGUAGUAAGAAAGACUCCGUCGGAGUUUAAUGAGAGUCGAUUCAUUUCAAUGGCGAUUUACAACGAAUUUCUACUAUCAGUCUUCCUCAACGUUUCAAUGUUGUUCCUGCAAUCACCGGCCAAUCCGGAUUUAUUGUACAUCAUAUUUUUCUGCCAUACCCAGCUUACCGUCACAUUGCUGCUUUGCCUGAUAUUCGGCAGUAAAGCUUACGUGGUGUUCCGCGACGGAGGGAAGGAGGAGACGAUUGGUAAACUUUGUGGCGCGACCGGCAAGUUCUUGGGGAAAAGCAGUCGUCCGCAGGGUACUAGUAACCAGACCAACUCGAUAUCGCUUCAGCAGGGUAAUUUCGCCGAAGAAAGCGACUCUGUCACGGAGGAAUUCCGCCGUUUGCUCAAUCAGUUAGAGGUCCUGAAGGAAAAGAACAUAUUAUUAGGAAAUCAGGAGCUGUCCAGAAAGCUGGCAGCCAUGCUGGACGCUUCGAAUCGAGUCGAAGCUCAAGUAUCUACUAUUCAAGCCAUUUCGACUAGCAUCGUUCAGUUGAAUGAUCUCAAUAAAUCGACGAAGGAAACUAAUCUCGGACGAGCUUGUCAGGAACAGACUCAAACAGGAAACGGUUCUCAGGGCGAAAAUCGAUGUCGCGCAUGUAUUGAGAAAAAUGGGCUUGGUGGAAAGGAUGUGCGCGAUAUGUCGAGGGAUAAUGAAACGCCGGAGUCGAGGAAAAUCGGAAAAGACGCAGCCGUGUCAACAUCCUCGAAACACCCUAUUGAGGACAUCAGCAGGGAAAUGUGUCACGGUAAAGAUGGUAAGGAAUCCGAUUUGAAGGACAAAUCCAGAAGUAAAUCCGGUCAUGCUAGGACACACGCUAUAGUUAUCAACCUCGAUGACAAGAGCAGAUUUUCCGAGGAAGUUACCGUUUAAUGUUAUCCUUAAGUGAAAAAUAAACGGUUAAUGUGAAUGCAAU